AUGAAGCGUGAUGGAUCUAAACGCAAGCCGUUCAGCCACAUCUGCAUGGUACAAAGGGAGAAAAGGCCCAGCGGCACAACGGCAGAGGCCGCCGUCAACUUCCCCAAGAGGCUGAGGUACAGUAGGACCCCGCUGAAAUCUGUGGAGCAUAACAUGACCCUCAGCCAGGCCACAACUGGACCUCAGCCAGGCCAAAGCAGGACUCUUCCCAUGGCCAAAGCAGGACUCUUCCCAUGGCCACAGCAGGACUCUUCCCAUGGCCAAAGCAGGACUCUUCCCAUGGCCACAGCAGGACUCUUCCCAUGGCCAAAGAAGCAGGACUCUUCCCAUGGCCAAAGAAGCAGGACUCUUCCCAUGGCCACAGCAGGACUCUUCCCUUGA